AAAACAGUAGACAGUCGGAGUACAACAUGGCGGUAGUUGUGUGUCAUGUUCUCGUGACGUCCCUCCUUCUUUCUCAUACACUCACUUUUUUUUCGUCAAUUUUAACCAAUUCGUAUUGUGGAAAUAAUGCUGUAUUGUGCUGUGUAACGUGUAAGUGAAAAUAUUCUUAAAAUGUCUACCCGUUCGCAGCUGACGAAGGAUUUAAACGAAUCCGUCAAGUCCUUGUUGGGCAAACAUGUUAAAAUAUUACUGAAGAAUGUUGUGAGGUUAGAAACAAAACAGGAUAAACAAGAUAAUCGUGUUCUGGUAUUUUCACCAUGCCGCCUAUUUUUAUUAACAGCCAAAGUGCCAACGCGGAUCGACUGCCAUUUUCACUAUUUAGAGAUCACGGCCGUGGAGUCCAAAAGAGGAAACCAGUUGAGUUUAACUGUGGGAGACAGAAUUUACAGCUUCACAACUAUGGGUGGCGGAAUCGAUACAGCAGAAGUAGACGCUAUGAUAGAAGCAUUGCACACUGCAAUCCGUAAUAUUUUUCCAACGGUACCUCUAAACUACAUCAUACGAAAAAUAGAUGUCAUACCGACUAGCAGACUCCAAAGUAUAAGAGGUAGCGAGUUAGCCAGAAGCACGGAAGCUACGAGGCAUACAGGACCUUGUGGCGGAUUUUCUACACAGUAUGCCUGUAUGUGCGAUUUACAUGGGGUUCCGUACAGAGACGAAGUGGCGUGGGACGUUGAUACGAUAUAUUUAUCCCACGACACACGAGAGCUCAAUCUGAGGGACUUCGAUCACCUGGAGCAAAAAGAUUUGGUGCCAAUUAUUUCAGCAUUAGAAUACAAUACGUGGUUCACUAAGCUAAGAGCCUCCCAUAUAAAACUAAGUCAUGAACACUUGGAAAGACUAUUGCAUGUCAUGCGAAGAUCUCUGUCGAUUCAAGAAAUUUAUUUAGACAAUCUAGGAUUCAAGUGGGACUUUGCUCACAAAUUAUCAAUAGCGUUGAUAUCCAACACCAAUACUAUGUUACAUACAAUUGACUUGUCAAAUAAUAUGAUAGAAGAUAAAGGAGCCUCUAGUUUGUGUGGGAUAAUUGCCAAAUUGAUGCAAGGUGCUACACACUUAAGUGGUCUCAUGGGCAAAUUGCCUAAAGGAUUACAGAAGUUGAAUCUUGCUCACUGCGGUUUGACGGGCAAAGGCAUCAAUCAAAUUGCACAUGCCUUGAGUCUGAACAGAAGCAUGCCGAGCAGUCUUCAAUACUUGAAUCUUUCUGGAAACAGUUUGAAAGAUGAUGUCAAUAAUUUGUGCAACUUCUUGGCACAACCAAAUAGCUUAACCCAUUUAGACCUCAGCGGCACGGAUACUACGUUAGAAUGUUUAUUCGGCGCAUUGUUGCGAGGUUGCGCAACAAAUCUCGUGCAUUUAAAUGUAGCACGAAAUUCGUUUUCGAGCAAAAAGACUAAGGAAAUACCGCCAAGCUUUAAGCAGUUUUUCACGGCAACGUUAUCAUUAAAAUACAUGAAUAUUUCAUUUUGUAAACUACCUUUAGAAGGAUUGAAGAAUUUAUUGCUUGGCUUGGCUUGCAAUGAAAGCACAGUCGAAUUGGAGCUGGAUAUGAGUGGAAAUAAUUUAGGUUCGAUGGGUGCCCAUGUUCUCGAAUCGUGUAUUCAUGGUGUGCGAUGUAUAUCGUCAUUGGAUAUCUCGGACAGCAACAUGGAUGUCGAUUUAGCACAAGUGAUAACGGCAGUGAGCAAAAAUAAAUCCAUCAAGCAGCUAUACAUGGGUCGAAAUCUAGCUGGCAUGAAAACUAAACAUAUUGCUGUUGUGAUGGAAGCACUGGUAACCAUGAUUCAGGAAGACGAUUGCGUAUUGCAGGCGUUGCAUUUACCGGAUUCUAGAUUAAAAAGUGAUUUAUUCAACUUGAUUAACGCCUUGGGGAGUAACACAUGCCUACACACGCUGGAUAUCAGUGGUAAUCAGAUUGGUGAUGCCGGUGCUCGUCUUUUAGCAAAAGCAUUGCAAAUAAACAAUCAUUUGAAGAAUAUCAUUUAUGAUAGGAACAACAUAACGAUUCAAGGAUACAGUGAUAUUGCAUAUGCAUUAGAAAACAACUACAGCGUCAGGCAUAUGCCGUUUCCAAUCUUUGACGCGCAACCUUGCAUGAAAAUGUCGGCGGAAAAAACUGAACUGCUUAUGAAAAAAAUCCAAGACUUGUUGCAAAGAAAUGUAUCGCCGAACAAAUACAGUCAUGGACAAGCGUUCCGACUUCAACAGGGAUUCUUAUUGAGUUCUACGCAACAAAUGGUAGAUAGACUCGUCGUGCAAACGCAAGAUACGAUAAAAACUUUGGCCGCUGAGAGCUGUGAUGCUAAUAACGAUAUAAAUUACGCCACUGGCUUGAUACAGGAUGCUGAUAAUUCUAAACAGCUUUUGCCGAGGUUACACGAGGUUGUUACAAGGAGAGACGAUAGUAGUCCGAUUGAAAUCAAAUUGAAAGAAACAGCAGACGAGAUCCACAGAGUUGUCACUGGAUAUCUACAGGAUUCCUUGGAUAGUAUGCUGAAAUGUGCCAUCGAACAGUGUCCAACGGUUUUAAACCAGACAGUCAUCAGAGGCGAUGAAAGUGAACCAAUUUCUGUUGAAUAUGAUCUGAGAAGCAGCUGCAGAGAGAAAAAUCAAAUUAGCACUGAUUUCAUUUACACUUCUAUAUUGGAACAAGCUGGGACUGACAUCAUUAAUAAAGUCAAUGAACUAAACUUGGCUGUGGCAGCUCACGUAUCAGACAGAAUCACCGAUGAAGUGAUUGAAUCAUUGUCUCGAAGUUACAAGACACUGAUUGGCGAUGCCGGCUGCCGAACCAGAAGCAGCACACCAGAUGUGCUAAGAUCAAGCGGAUCCGUAAGCACUGGAGUCAGUAGCAUGGGAGGAGUUUUGAUAAAACCUGCUGGUAGAACUAGCUUAGACUCUGAAGAAGACGGUGCUGCUAGUCUCUCGUUCACCGAUACCAUUAGUCAACAGUCGAGUGACCAAUCGCCAAUGAAGUUGGAAUACCUGAAUCUGGCAACUCCACACUUAUCCAAUAAACGAAAAAGCUUGCACGGGCGCAAACUCAGGCCAAAGUCGGUCGUGGAUUCUAUAGAAGGCUUGUCGGCUGACGAUAUACCAGAUUUGUUACCAUCACUGCCAAAAAGUCAGGCUGAAGCGAUAUCGGAAAACGAACACUCUUUAACAGAGUCAUUGGACUCCGUUUCUGAGCUACCAAAUACAGUGGGACAACAGUUGCAACAUUUAGUCAAGUCCAGACCCAGAAGGACUAAAACUAGGGCUCCGACAAGACCAAUGUUACGGCCUGAUCAACUCGCUGACGGCUUGGCUAUUGGCGAAGGGCUCGAUACAUUCUUCAGGCCAACAACACCCACAACACCUCUAGUAUCUCCAACAAGUGAUGACAGUUCGUUACACACAUUUCCAACCGAUGGAAGUCCCAACCUUUCUUUAACAAGCCACAAAGGCGUAGCAUCUGAUAUCAAAGUUGAUGGUGAUAAGAAGCAAGGCCGGAGUUCUCCAAUGCUCAAGACUUUGCUUGAACCAACGCCAAGAUCAAGAUCUACCGACAAUUUGGAGAAAUUUUCUCCACUGAUUGGUCGGAGAUCUCAAGGGGAUUCGCCGCUGACUUCGUCUCCUCUUGCUCGGCGAAACACAACAGAGAGUGCACAAAGUCACGAAACAGAUGGGAUAAAAAAAGAUAUUAGUAGCGAGAGCAUCAAAGACGGCUUGGUCGACAUUUCAAAAAGGAGUACUUUGCCAAUAGCCAAUUCGGGCUGUACAAAAGAUGAAACGAACAGCAUAAUACACUCGGGAACAACUGGUAGCUUUAAAGAAGGAUUUAUCGACAAUGUUAAAAGAAGCAUCAACAAUGUUCUGCAUGUUUCAAAAGAUCCCAUGUCUGAAAAUGGGAAACGAAAUUUACCUUUGAGUAACGUUGGCACAUCAGCCCAAAAAGAUGCAAUAAAGAAUGUUACAACUUCGAACGUUAUCGAAGUCGACGGAAAGAAAAAUAUCAACAAGCGAAUAACAGUUGAUGUUAAACCAGUCAGUCCGUGUAUAUCUUCGGUAAAGUUGCGUUCAACUGGGUUUGACUUGCGGAGUCCGACAAACGGCAGUGGGCCAAAAAGUUUAGAUGCUGAAAUAUCAAAGUCUCCUAUUCUCAGGCCAAUUAAUAGAGGUGAAGGUUCAUCUACUGGCGAUCUCGCAAAAUGUGGAUAUCAGAUCAAAAUGAAACCAGCUCCACCGACAGCCCCAAAACCGAGACCAUGGAGCAUGGCAACUGACAGAAAAUCAGGGGAAUUCAACUUACUAAGCGACGGAUCUAGUCCUAAUACGUCAGCUGGAAACACACCGGAUUCGGGAGAUGCAUUAGAUGAAUCAAUUGACAGCAGUCUCAGUGGGCCAGCAUCUCUUCCACCAACUCUGUCUGGUAGCAGCACAGCUAGUUCGUUGAGCAACACGAGUACAGAAAAAAGAUCUGUAAGAGAGCUUGCGGCUAGUCUGAAUAAAGUACAGACAGACAAAAAAGAAGAAGAACAUUUAGUGCCUGCUGCAUGGCGAUCAGUGCUUCGACGUUCAGUUGACCAACAAGAUGUUCAGGACGGGGAAGUGAGGAAAAUGGUUGAAGAGAACAGCACCGCCGUCAAGCAGCGUCGGAUUUCGCUAUUACGUGACUCGGAUUUCAACUAUGACAACGACAUCGUUGACGUUUAGCAACAACUAUAGUUUAAGUUAAUAUAAUUAAUGAACGAAAAUCGAAUAGUGGUAUUAUUUAGAUAAUGUAGCACACGCGAACAUAAUUAGUAAUUUAUUAUCUAUCUUGAUACUAAAUAGGAUAUUGAGAAAAUUGCUGAAUACAAAAUCUAGUAAUUAUUUCAUAGAGUUCUUCUAUGCAUGACAAUUACUGCUCAUGUGCCGAUUUCGCACAUAUUUGCUCACAUGCAAUACCGACCCCAAAAUGAUAUUAAUACUAGCUUGAGUUGAAAAAGAAAGAAAAAUACUUCAAGGUGGUUGGUUGCCGGAAAAUCGAUUAAAAAAAAAUAUCUAUUUUAUUACAAGACGGUCGUAAAUUAAGUAUUUAUCAAAAUAUUAUAUUGUGAGCUACAAAUAUCUCUUGAAAAAUACAAAAAUCAAAACUGCUUCACCGUAAAUCACCUUAAAAUCAUUGAAAUCCUAGUAGAUUCUUUCAAUUUCACUCUACGAUGGUUCAUUUUAUGCAGAAGACUAUUUUCUAUAAAAUCAUUGAAACAGUUUGUUUUAAUCAUGUUGGCAUCAUUAAAUAAUCAAUUUUAUUAUAUAUUGCAUCGGUAUUGAUUAUGAUCAAUGUUAAGAUAUUCCAUUCCCAGUACAUGAUUGCUGUUCAUGCGCAACAUACCUUUGUAGCACACAAGCUGCCGAUGUAUACACAAAGUCGCUCUGAGCGCACAACUUAACAAAUGACAAUAUUGAAUCGACUAUUGGAAAAAAAGAAAAUUUCUUCUGUAGAAAAUGGUCUUCUGAAUAAAACGAGCCAUUGUAGAGUAAAAUUGAACGAAGCUACUAGAUUUUGAACCAUUUGGAAGCUAUUCGAAAUGACGCAUACAUAUCUAAGAUUUUUUUAAUAAUUCCAGUACUUCCUAUUUUUUAGUUUUUUACUUAGAUGUUCGUGGUUUGCAAAUAUAAUAAUUUGGUCGAUACUUAAUCUACGACCAUCUCGUAAUAACAUUAGUGAAUAGUAAAGAUUUUUGGCCAAUCAACCUUCUUGAAGAAAAAUAAUUUGUUUCGCAUUCAUGUCCACUUAUCUCGGCAGUAUUGAUCGUUGUUGGUAGUUGAGAACCAUUUGUUUGACAAAUUUAAUACCAUAAUAGUUCAUGAAAUUUGCUGAAACGUAACGUCGUUAACUCUAUACAAAUACACUUUUUCGAAUCGUAUUCAGCAUUAUCUUUAUAAACUAUUAAACGAUUUCACCGAUUAAAUAGUAUUGUAUAAUAUAAUACGAAAAUCGAAUUUACCUAUAAUUCUUGACUAUUAUUUUAGUUUCAAGUCGUAAUACAGAUAUUUGUAAAUAUGUAAAUUUUUUUUCAAUCCUUUUAAUGAACAUGGAAAUUUACAGAUUGAGCAAAGAAAAAAAAAAUCAAUCCGAAAUACAAUAUAUCUGGAUGUUUAUUAUUUAUAUUGAAUUAUCUCUAAGUCCAUUCCAUUUUUAAAUUUAUUGUGCCAUAUAGUAUAUAUAUACAUAUAGAAAUCGAUUAUAAACAGACACAUUUUUAAAUGAACUUUUUUGUUAAACUUUUGGUUUUAAGUAAGACUUUACGAUUGGGGGUUUUAUGUAAUCAAAUAUGUAUAUUAUACCUACAUGUGAUUAAUGAUUAUUUAACAAACAUCUUGUAAACUGAUUUUGUGAUUAUAUUUAUUCAAAUUUAUCUUCCAGCAAUACAACUAUUAAAAAAUCACUCCAGUUAAAUCAGCAGACAGAAGGGAUAAAUUCGACAAUAGUUUGAAAACUGAUGUUUUUUUUUCAUCCUUAUAUUGUUUUAAUGUGAAACAUUAUGUGUAUAUAAUUUUUAAUUUGAUUCUACUUUUUUAUGAUGUGCCAAGUAUGCUUUUCGAAAGUAAAGUGUCGUUCCGUCAUUAUGCUUGAAUAUUUAGUUUCUUCAACUUCUUAUAUUUUAUCGUUUCCUACGCAAAUAUCAAAGCUGUUAUAAAGAUCGUUUUUCCUAGAUUCACAUGACAUUGAAACUGUAUUUUUAUAUUGAUUUUGAGAGGGUACACUUAGCAAACGGCGCAUCAACCCGCAUGAACUUUAGCUCGUGGCAUUUUCACACACCAUUCGUUUGUGCACGACUGCGACACACGUGAACACACGACGCAUUUGUACACCGAAAUUUCGAUGUUACGACACUUGUGCAUAUGGCACCAUUGCAUAUGAUACUUUUGCACACAACACUUCUAUCCAUGGUGAAGCGGGAAAA